AUGAGUGCAAGUAACAUUGAUAUUCAUCCAAAGGCACCAUGGUCCACAAAUAGUAUCACUGUUACUGGAGGAAAUGGAGCAGGCAGUAAAACCAAUCAAUUCAACUUCCCAUGUGGCUUAUACGUCGACGACGAUCUCACUAUUUAUGUUGCUGAUUUCCAUAGUUAUCGUAUUAUGGAGUGGAAAUUUGGUGCAACGAAUGGCACCGUAGUUGCUGGUGGCAAUGGAAAAGGUAAUGAACCUGAUCAAUUAAAUUCGCCAGUAGAUGUGAUUAUCGACAAAGCGACCGAUAGACUCAUCAUCAGUGAUCGAGGAAAUAACAGAGUCGUUCGUUGGCCUCGUCGAAAUGGUACUCAUGGAGAAACAAUUAUUUCAAAUAUCGCUUGCUUCGGUUUGACAAUGGACGACAAUGGUUAUCUCUAUGUCGUUGACAAUGAAAAACAUGAAGUAAAACGAUAUAAAAUUGGUGACACUCAAGGAACACUACUUGCAGGUGGUAAUGGACAAGGAAAUGGUCUCAAUCAACUCUUUUAUCCCAGCUACGUCUUUGUCGAUCGAGAACAUUCAGUUUAUGUGUCUGAACGGGGAAAUCAUCGUGUCACAAAAUGGGAACAAGGUGCAAAACAAGGCAUUGUUGUAGCUGGUGGUCAAGAACAAGGAGAUAGUCUUACACAGUUGGAUCGUCCUGAAGGAAUCGUUGUUGAUCAAUUGGGUGCUGUCUAUGUGGCUGAUUUUGGGAAUCAUCGAAUUAUGCGUUGGCCAAAAGGUGCCAAACCGGGAACUGUCAUUAUUGGUGGAAACGGUUCUGGAUCACAGUUGAAUCAACUCGAUCGUCCCGUAGGUUUGUCCUUCGAUCGACAUGGUAAUCUCUAUGUCGCCGAUUGGGGAAAUCAUCGAGUACAAAAAGUUGAAAUUAAAUGA